AUGGCCACUAAAGCAGAUCCAAAUAAACAGGGCUGGGAAGAAUCUGAAUUUCCAAUUCUUUGCGAAACUUGUCUAGGCGACAACCCUUACGUUCGAAUGGAUUCGGAAAAGAAUGUAAAAUGGCUUCCCGGAGCUGGAAUGCGAUACAAAAAAACAGAGAUUUGUCAAACCUGCGCUAAAUUAAAAAAUGUUUGUCAGACAUGUUUAUUGGAUUUACAAUAUAAUCUCCCCGUACAAGUCCGGGAUACAGCUCUUAAUAUUACUAAUGAUGCACCUAGAUCUGAAAUCAAUAGGGAAUAUUUUGCUCAGAAUAUUGAAGGGAAGAUCGAAGGUGGUGACAGUCUAAUUAAUUAUGGCAAAGCUGAUUCAGCUAGCCGAGAAAUGUUAAAGAAGCUUGCUAGAACGGAACCUUAUUAUAAACGUAAUCGACCACAUAUUUGUUCAUUUUUUGUUAAGGGGACAUGUACACGUGGUGAUGAAUGUCCGUAUAGACACGAGAUACCUGAAGAAAAUGAAUUAUCUCAUCAAAAUAUCAAAGAUCGUUAUUAUGGUACAAAUGACCCAGUUGCAAAAAAGAUUUUAAAUCGUGUAAAAGGUGGUGGUAAUUCAAAUAUUAUACCACCAGAAGAUAAAACCAUCACUUCACUAUUUAUUACGGGGAUUGAAGAUGACAUUACCGAGGCUGACCUUAGAGGUUUUUUUUAUGCGUUUGGAGAAAUUAAAUCAGUCGUUGUAGUACACAAGUCACGAUGCGCUUUCGUGAAUUAUGCAACUAGAGCUUCUGCUGAACAAGCGAUAGAUCAAUCUCAUAAUAAUUUAAACAUAAAAGGGCAUGCUUUGAAAAUCGCUUGGGGAAGACCUCGACCUACUGGACCUAAGACUGAAGUGCAAGCGGAAUCUUCUCAAAAUAUUAUUCUUCCCCCGCUUGAAUCCAUGCAAAUCCCAGCACCUCCUGGCGAAGCAUCGCCUGAUUUUCUUUACCCAAGUCAAGAUCCAACUUAUCAAGGUUCAUCAACAAAGAGUUAA